GACAACAACAACUACAAAAGGAGUUUCGCUUCGUUUUAUUAGUAUAGUGUGUGUUUUUCGGCAAACAAAAUGUCGAUUUCAAAGCAACUUGGUGUGAUUUUGUUGUUGUUUGCAGUUUACAUGAUUAGUUCAUGUUCUGGAGAUGAACGGCUGCUGGGUGGUUUCAAUGAGUGGAAAGCAAUCGAUGAAUAUACAAAUGAUUUGGCAGAAGAAAUGAAGUCAGACGUUCAAGCCAAAGCUGGUAAGACAUACAGUAUGUAUGAACCAAUUCAAUACAAGACGCAAGUUGUGGCUGGCACAAACUAUGACAUCAAGAUUCAAGUCAGUUGGAAUCCCGUGAAGUUUAUCAUCAUCAGAAUCUUCAAACCUCUCCCUUAUCUCAAUGAAGGGCCUCAACUGAUUAGCGUGGAGAAAGUGAAAAGCGUAGAAAAUUGAUGCAUCUAUUGCCUCAGUAUCAGCCUGGAAAUGUUGGGUUUUCUAUCCCUGAUUAGCUAGUAUAUUUGGCCUGAAUUCAAAUGCAAAAAGAUAGUGUGAUGUGAAAUAUUGAUAUAAAAAAAACCAAUGAUUGGAAAUAUGAUAAUUGUCUUGUAUUGUAACAUGAAUUUAACAUGAAUUUUUUUAACAUUGUUAAUGUACAAUACGUGUACAAUGAAUACAGAAUUCAAUAAUUUCACUGUGUCAGCCAACACCUGUUGUCCAGGGCUGUGUGACAAUACAAUUACAGUUUAAUGACAAGAGAUCGGCCAAGUACAGUGGAACCUCUGUUAGCGUACACCUCUCUACUAAGGACAACCUCUCUAUCAAGGAUGCUAGUUUUGGUCCCAAAUUGGUUGUUUCCAUUCAAUUUGACCUCUCUAAUCAGGACACCUCUCUAUUAAGGACAGCACUUGUCAGUCCCGAGGGUGUCCUUAAUAGAGAGGUUCUACUGUACCUUUGGCCAGAUCAAUCUGAAAAACACUUCACUACAAGGUUUAAUUAGCUACACUUUUUUGGUUAGCCUUAGUUACCCCUUAGUGACGCGAUCAAUGUUUCCUUUGAGAACUACAACAUAAUAAAGUCUACAUAUGUAUCGACAAGAUCUUCCAUAAUUUUAAGCCGAAAGAUACUUAGGAAAUCAGUAAUUAGAUAAUACAGUUUGAAGUUAUUGUCUCCCUUUCAUGUACAUGUAUUUUCAAAGGUGAAAAUAUUGUGAUAACAGUAUUCAACACCUGUCAUUGGCAGCUCAAUGAGAUUCAUGGUGUGGCUGGUUUUUCAUGAAUUUGAAUUAUCAGAAAAUGAUCUGUUGUUUCAGUUUACAAGUCCAUGUGGCUCUUUAUUCAUUUUAGUUAUUACAACAGUGGUAUACUGUUCUAGUCAAUGUAAAUGUUUUAUUAUACAGGUGGGAGGGGGUUUGCUCUUCUAUUUAAAAAGAGCAUAUUUUGGUGAGUGGAAUGACUGUAACCCUUGAUGUUUUCUUUCAUUUGUAUUGUUAUAUGUAUCAUAUACUUUAGUCGGCCUAUUUUUUCAAUCAGAGUUAGUAAAGACAAAUAAGGUGAGAUGCUACCUGGUGUUGGAGGUAAAGGAUAGUAGUAAACAUCCACUAGAAAGUACACACCAAUGUUUUCAGAAUGUUUAUGCACAUAUUUCAUUCAUCCUGAUCCGCCAUCUUUUGGGGCAGUCUGUGACUGUGUUUAUGGGGGCACGCUCGAUUGGCGGUAACUCGGUCUCCUUUUCCCUUUGACUUUGGUAUUGACUGCUGGUGGCAUGCUAGGGGUAGUGUCUUUGUUUUGGCCUGACUCUGAUUGGGAAUCUUGGCCAAAGUUUAUUGCUAAGUUUUUAACUCUGUACUUCAGUUGAGUUGUACAAUACUAUCCAGUUAUACAUGACAUGUGUAAACUUGUUUUUAUAUUAACCAAACUGCAUUGUUUUCACAAUUUGCAGUCUUUGGUGGAGAUUGCUGUCAAAUUGUUUUGCAUAAUAUAAACUUCUAUUGAGAAAAUAAAGAUAUAUUUGAUAUGAA